CACACACACGCGUGCGCGCGCAGCGGAAGACGGAGCUGCUGGAGGAGCUUCCCUCCCUCUCGGCCUUCAGGAGGGGGCUGAAGGUGACUCUCCUCUCGGCUGCUCGGGGUCCGUCCGGCCCGGGAAGAAGAAUAACGACACCCAGAACCCUGCAGAGGAGGAGGAAGAGGAGGAAGAAGGUUAGGGAGUGUGGUGCCUUGAGCAUCAAUCGCCCCUCCAAAAAAACGCUGUUUCCGAGCGGGUACAUUACUUCUUUAUAGAGGACACGGCGAAGAAAAGAGAUUUCUCUCUCUCGCUCUCUCUCUCUCUCUCCCCCCUCCUCUCUUUUCUCUGGUGGCCGUGCAUGCAUGUGUUCCGCACCGUACGGGCGGAAGAAGCGCCCGCGGUCCGCGGCGGGGAGCGUCUUCCCCGCCGGUAAAGCGGCGCAGACGGAGCCGGCGGAGCGGCGCGAGGGGCCCGAGGGGCCCGAAGGGCCCGUGGACGGCAGCCGGAUGACGGUGCAGGAGUUCAACACCCUGGUGGCGCUGUACCGGGAGCAGGUCAUCUCCGUCGGGGAGAUGUCCGCCGACUGCCCGUCCCUGCGGGCUCAGAUGCACCACACGCGGUCCAAAGGCUGCUCCGUGGCGCGGGCCGCGCACCGGGACCUCACCGUCAUCUCGGUGGCAGGUCUGGAGGACGGGGAGAUCCACCCUGAGGUCUGCCGGCUCUUCAUCCAGCUGCAGUGCUGCCUGGAGAUGUUCAUCACGGAGAUGCUGAAGUCCAUGUGUCUGCUGGGGGUCCUGCAGCUGCACCGGAGGAGCACCAUGUCCAGAGCCCCCCUCCAGACCCCCCGGGGGAGGAGCCUCCACGGUACUCUUCAAGACAAUUCCCCCAAAAAGAACCGACUCGGAGCCCUGCAGGUUGGACCUCCGGCUGGACGAGAGCUCCGACGUUCCCAUCCUGGAGGACGGGUCCUCGUCCCCCAUGGACUUCCCCCAGGAGCAGUGGCCGGUGGGGACGGACCUCCAGAACAUCGAGAGAGACAUGCGAGAGAUGAGGAACCUGCUCAGCAAACUCCGGGACACGAUGCCGCUGCCCCUGAAGAACCAAGACGACAGCAGCUUGUUGAAUCUGACUCCACACCCGCUGGCCCGGCAGAGGAAGAGACGCUUCCCCGGACUCUGCUGCAUGGUGUCCGGCUGAGUGGCUGGAAGGCAGCGCCACAGGCCACGCCUCCAGAAAUACACGAGAGCUCUGCGCCCCACCUCGUUCCACCUCGUUCCACCUCGUUCCACCUCGUUCCGGUUUGUUCCGGUUCGUUCCACCUCGUUCCACCUCGUUCCGGUUCGUUCCGGUUCGUUCCACCUCGUUCCAGUUCGUUCCGGGUCGUUCCACCUCGUUCCACCUCAUUCCACCUCGUUCCACCUCGUUCCGGUUCGUUCCGGUUCGUUCCGGAGUGGCGUAACAGUGGCGUAACAUUUCAGGCUUGAAUCGAGUUUUGUUUAUUUUCAACUGCGUUUGAUUAAUACGUGUUCAGAGUGGAUGGUUCAUAUAUGAUACCCCAGAGGAAAGAGGGGAACAUGGUGAAGCCAAAGUGUUGCAUUAGCCUGGCGAGCUAACUGUCGCUAAUGAAACAAAUGCAUCCAAACACAUCGUACUGUGCAGAAGUUUUCUUUUCUGUUUCUUUCGUACGUAUGCAGCCAUUUCAAAUCAUAUGUUUUUCCAUUUUUUGUGCCAUUUUGUUAUUUCGGAAGAAUAAAACAUUUCUAUAUUCAGGCUAUGCACUGGCAUCUUUUGGGGUUUUCAGCCGUCCCAAUGACCUCCUGGAGUAACACCUGGUCAUCAUUCAGUCGAGGCUCCUGCCAGGUGAGUCUCUCCUCACCUGUGUGGUGGGGGAACCUCUUCACGAAGCGUUUCAUCGGCGGUGUUAUGAUGUGUGCUUAAAUGGCUCUGAUGAUUAUUGAAUUUGUGUGUCAGAUAAGCACCAGCAGCUGCUGCAGAGCGUAUAGAUAUGCGACGGCGCCGAUGAAGUCUCAUGAUGUUGGGCGUUCCAAUUCCAGUCAUUCCAAUAUCAAUAUUCUGUUUUUAACAUGUAAUCUCUUUUCCUUUCAUUGUAUAAUAUCAGUUUCUUGUAAAAGUACAUGAUAAUCUCCAUGUUUAUUCCAAUACUCCAUCAUCCAUCAAAGCUGAAUCGUCAACACGUUGUUCAUUCUCUUCUCCCUCGAUGUGUCGUAAUGUGAGCUUCUCUGUGUUCCGUUAGCUUUGCCGCUAGAGCCCCUCGUCGAGCUGGCUAGCUAGUGGCCGCGACUCAUACGGCGGUUUCAGCUGAUAACCUCCGACCCCCUCAGGUUAGCACUGGGACCGCUGUAAAGCGUUGGUACCGCUGUAAAGCGCUGGUACCGCUGUAAAGCGUUGGUACCGCUGUAAAGCGCUGGUACCGCUGUAAAGAACUGUUAGCGCUGUUUACCGCUGUAAAGCGUUGUUACCGCAGUAAAGCACUGUUACUGCAGUAAAGUUUUGUUACUGCAGGAAAGUGUUACCGCAGUAAAGUGUUGUUACCGCAGUAAAGCACUGUUACCGCAGUAAAGCGUUGGUACCGCAGUAAAGCACUGUUACCGCAGUAAAGCGUUGUUACCGCAGUAAAGCGUUGUUACCGCAGUAAAGCACUGUUACCGCAGUAAAGCGUUGUUACCGCUGUAAAAUGUAACACUGUUUACUGCUGUAAAGUGCUGUUUAGUGCUGUGUAGCGCUGUUAGCAACGUUAGCUGUGAGCCACCGGCUCAGCUGCAGCCAUGUUGAGAGCCGUCAAGAAGCAACACACAUUCUAAUAUGCUCUGACGUUCGCAUUCAGACCUUUAAUCUGUCAGCGUGUCAUGACCCUUGCGGCCCAGCAGGGCUUUCUAGUCGACACGCAGCACGUCGUCUUCAGUCUUCCUUUCAGCUUCAGUUUUCCUUCACGAGGGCUUUUGUUUGUUUGUUAAACAUGAGAAUUGAAAAAUGCCACAUACUCAAAUAUAAUUGAAGUGAACUCAUUCGCCUGAAGCACUUCACUAGAGGCAGUGAAUGUACGUGAAAUGCAAUCUGUAAAUCGUGUUUGUGUUUUUUCUCUUCACGUUCUCUAGAGGUGGAUGUUGAAUUCUUUGCUUUGGCAUUUAUAUGAAGAGUAUGCCAUGUGUCGUUAACGUCUCCUGCAAUGUAGAGAACCCUCAGCUUAAUGUGUACAGUUUAGGACAUUUUAUAAUGUGAAUAAAGGUUUAUAUAUACAAGUAA